UUGUUGUCGGUGCUUCGCAUCAGCUGUCUCCCGGAAAAUAUAUUUUUAACACCAUGGAAAACGUAUCGAAGAUCUGGUUGGGGCCGCUGCCCGCUGACUCCCCCUACGUGAAGCCAUUCCGCAUGUACUACAUCCAGAAUGGUGUGGAGAAAAACUGGGACCUGCUCAAGGUGCACGACAGCGUGGCCAUCAUAUUGUACAACUCGUCCCGACAGAAGCUGGUGCUUGUGCGACAGUUUCGCCCUGCAGUGUACCACGGCGUAAUCACCAGCGAGAAGGGAACGUUUGAUAGUGUCGACCUACAGUCGUUUCCGCCCUCCAUCGGUGUGACCUUGGAGCUGUGCGCUGGGAUUGUGGACAAAUCGAAGAGCUGGGUGGAAAUCGCACGCGAGGAAGUGCUCGAGGAGUGCGGCUACGAUGUGCCCGUGGAGCGCAUCGAAGAGGUCAUGGUAUAUAGAUCUGGUGUGGGUUCUUCGGGUGCCAAACAGGCGAUGUACUACUGCGAGGUGAGCGAUGCCGACAAGGCCAACAGCGGCGGCGGUGUGGACGAUGAAAUCAUUGAGGUCGUGGAGCUGUCCCUGGACGAGGCCAAGCGCAUGCUGCAGAAGGGUGCCGUGAACAACAGUCCGCCCAGCUGCCUGAUGGGCCUUUUAUGGUUCUUUGCCAACAAGGCACCCCCAGCGGUUUAGAUAAACUCCCCACCCCCCACACAUUGUUGACUCUCAAGGGGAGAUAAGGCAGUUGUCUGGCAGAUAAGAUGGGGGACUGGCCAGCCUUAUAAUACGUAUGUUAAUACACACACACACACCCAACACACACUCACACUUCAAAUGCUUUCCAAAUUGAAACAUGUGAAUGAAAAGUAAAUCCAAAA